AAGUGCGCCCGGCGCGCCUAUUUGAGGGGAAAGCCAGGCGCGCGCGUUUCCCCAGGAAGGCGAAGGCGUCCCCUCAGAGACGAAGGAAGGCAAGGAGAGAGAGAGGGAUGUUCGUGGCGCGGAGCAUCGCGGCCGACCACCGCGACCUCAUCCACGAUGUCUCCUUCGACUUCCACGGGCGGCGGAUGGCGACCUGCUCCAGCGACCAGAGCGUCAAGGUUUGGGACAAAGGGGAGAAUGGAGAAUGGCACUGUACUGCAAGCUGGAAGACACACAGUGGAUCUGUGUGGCGUGUGACCUGGGCACACCCAGAGUUUGGACAAGUCCUGGCUUCCUGCUCUUUUGACAGAACAGCUGCUGUGUGGGAAGAAAUAGUUGGAGAAUCAAAUGAUAAACUUCGAGGACAGAGUCACUGGGUAAAAAGGACUACUCUGGUUGACAGUAGAACAUCUGUUACUGAUGUAAAGUUUGCUCCCAAGCAUAUGGGUCUCAUGUUAGCAACAUGUUCAGCAGAUGGAGUUGUUAGGAUCUAUGAAGCUCCCGAUGUUAUGAAUUUGAGUCAGUGGUCACUUCAGCAUGAAAUCUCAUGUAAACUAAGCUGCAGUUGUAUUUCUUGGAACCCUUCGAGCUCUCGUGCUCAUGCUCCAAUGAUAGCUGUAGGAAGCGAUGACAGCAGCCCAAAUGUAUUGGCCAAAGUACAGAUUUAUGAAUAUAAUGAAAACACCAGGAAAUAUGCAAAAGCAGAAACACUUAUGACAGUUACAGACCCUGUGCAUGAUAUAGCAUUUGCUCCAAAUCUGGGAAGAUCCUUCCAUAUAUUGGCGGUAGCUACCAAAGAUGUACGAAUUUUUACAUUAAAACCUCUAAGAAAAGAACUGACCACUUCAUCAGGACUGACAAAAUUUGAGGUUCAGUUAGUGGCUCAGUUUGAUAAUCAUAAUUCCCAAGUUUGGCGUGUAAGCUGGAACAUUACAGGCACAGUACUUGCAUCUUCAGGAGAUGAUGGGUGUGUAAGGCUUUGGAAAGCUAACUACAUGGACAAUUGGAAGUGCACUGGAAUUCUGAAAGGUAAUGGGAGUCCAGUCAAUGCUAGCUCCUCUCAGCAGGGAGUUUUUAAUUCUCCAUUUGGCACAUCCAAUACAAGCCUUCAGAAUUCAGUCAAUGGAACAUCUGCUGGCAGCAGCUGGCUCUUGCUACCCUUUAGUACUUUGACCACUAAUUAUCCUACUGUUUCUCAACCAAGGUCUCUUUGAUUUCCUGCUUCUGUCCUCUUCUACUUCUUGAGACUCCUUGGGAAUAGGACCCUCAUCCAAUCCUGUUUUCAGUAGCUCUUGGCAACCAGUUUGUUCACAUAGCUUUCAACACAUGGGUCUGUUUUGGGCCUGCUCUCACAAACCUGACUGAAAGGAACAUUGUUGAUCCAUGAACUUUAUCAUUAGGACUUCCUCUGGCACUUGGAUGCAGACACAGUGGUGGCAUUUGAUGGACAGAAUUUGGAGCCUAUGCUGUAGAUCACACUUCUUUUUACUACCAAUCAGUGCUGGAUACUUUACUAUUAUGUGUCGAGUUUUUUUUUUUUGUAAAUUCAAGUGGUUAUAGCACAUGCAUUAUAAGUAAGGAUAAACUAAAUGAUGAUGCAGCUUUUUAAAACACUUGGAUAAGACGGCUGCAUUUAUUUGAAGGAAUAUAUUACUUGAUUGUAACUGAUCUGUAACUUUGUUCUUGUGCUGCUAUUUGAGAUUUUCACCUACUGCUGCUCUAUCAAAGGGAGUCAGCUGCUGCUAAAUGGAGAACAUGGGCUGUUAGCCUGUGUUGACACUUCUCCUGCUGGUGGGAGGGUGUAUUCUUUGCUAUUUGGGUGCUCUAGCUAUAGGUCUCCUUGAAGUAUGCCACAGCGGUGAUUGUUUGGUCGACCUGAACGAAAGAGACAGAUAAAGUUACGACCUGACAGUUACUAAUCAAGCUCUGUGUGGAACGUCAAAACAGCAGUUUCUUUGGACAGCUGGUUGCUUCAUUCUGGGCUCUACUGAAAUCUGCUCUCUUGACCUCCAUAGAAUACUGAGAAAUGUCAGAAGAGUUAAUGAGGUUCAGCCACUAUUCCCAUCUGAUGCUCAUUAAAUUCCUUUCAACUGGAUGAUGGAAUUCUUUACACCUGUUUAUACAGGGCUUUUUUGUUACAUUCCACCUUACGUUGGUGAAGUAAUCUUUUCAUACAGAAUAAUACAUUUUAGGGCACAAUUCCAGUGUAAGAAAGAGUAAAUCUUCAGCUAUGAUACACACACGUAGCUAUUGUGGGGAAUCCUGAAUUAUUAUUUUUUACUAUUCAUUAAGCAUUUGAAAAUGUGAUAAAAAAGAACCGUACUGUAAUUAAUAUGCUGCAGUUUUUAUGUACACAGAAAUGUGGUGGUUUCUAGAAACAAAUUGAUAUGAUACAUUACUAGACUGCUUUUCCUGGUUUUUAGGGUUUGAUUGUUUAGUACUUUUGUUAGUAAACUCUAGUAAUGCUACUAACAGUUUUGAAAAUCAAAGUCAAUCGGUGUUUUAUAGCUAACUGAAAGAUAAUUAAAAUUGUUUGAGGACUGAAAAGAUUACAACUUAAUAAACCUGCUAAAUACUG